GGAAAUCAAUUUCAGAAGAAAAACACCAUCCCCAACGCACCAGCACUAGGUUGAAGCUCAGCGAGGAACAAACAGGGCCAGAGCUACACCAGACCAAAGAGAAACUCAAGAGAAUACGUCACUGAAGCCGGGAGAUGUCUGGAAUACACAGGAGGUUGACAGUGGUGGUGGUGACGGUGGUGGUGGUGAGUGUGGGGGUCUUGGGGGGGCUGGCAAGCUGCUCCCCGGUGGCGGGGCCCAUCGAACCCAUCCGCUGCUCCGCCUGCACCCCGGAGAAGCUCAGCCAGUGCCCCGCCGUCGCCCCGGACUGCGGGCAGAUGCUGCGGGAGCCCGGCUGCGGCUGCUGCAUGGCCUGUGCCCUGGAGACGGGCUCGUCCUGCGGGGUGCACACGGCGCACUGCGGCCUGGGCCUCCGCUGCACCGCCGGGCCCGGGGAGGCCAGGCCGCUCCACGCCCUCAUCAGGGGACAGGGCGUCUGCACCCAGGAGCCGGGGACAGAGGACGUGGGCGGCCUCCCGGACCACUCCUCCCUGCACUAUCUGUUAGGGUUCAACGGCCCCCUGGAGCCCAGGGACGCAGCGGAGGCCCAGGAGACAAUCAAAGCCAAGGUCAACUCCAUCCUGAAGAAACUGGUGCAGCAGGGUCCUUGUCACAUUGAACUGCACGCCGCGCUGGAUGGCAUCGCAAGCUCCCAGCAGGCACUAGGAGACAAGUUCACAACAUUCUACCUCCCCAACUGUGACAAGUACGGCUACUACAAAGCCAAGCAGUGUGAGUCCUCCUUGAAUGAUCCUCCGGCUCGCUGCUGGUGCGUCUCUUCCUGGAAUGGGAAGAGGAUUCCGGGAUCAAAUGACCUGCCCACGGACUCACAGUGCAAUCAGGAACUUACACACUGAGAGCAUGGACAUGGAAAUACAAACGGUGUGCGUGCAAACACACAAGCACACACGCACACACAAACAUGCAAGCGCUCACAUGCACACACACAAAUACAAACAAACAAAUAGGUUAUAUAUAUUUAUACUGUGGUUAACGUAUGAACCUGAGCUUCAGGUAAAUAGAGAUGCGCCAUUGAUACAUUACAACGUACAAACAAACAUAUUAAAUAAGUUAUAUAGCCGCAAAGACACCCACAUUCACAUAAAAUGAUUUUAUGUGAAUUCAGGAGAAAACAAAUCAUUUUAAUUUAUUGACCUAAUGUAUAUAUCGAGUCUUAUUUAUUCUAAAUUUGUCAACACGCACUCUCGGGACCCUGCUUGUAAUUUUUAGACUUUUUAAUAUGUUUGCCUACUUUUUUUUUUUGUAAAUAGGGCAGCACUGUAUACAUUUGAGUCAGCUAAAUAACUCCAUGGCUA